CAAGUGUGUGCGUCGUUUUCUAAUCGAUUAUUGCAGUGCCCAAUCAACACAUAAUUUUAUUUGUUCAUUAUGUAGCAACACACAAACAUCCAAGGGGAGGGUCUAGAGGGGGGCAGCUAGGUCAAAAGCGGCGAACACUUGGCGAAGAGCGAGCUGGGCCGGGUCAAGCACAUGGAUGGAAGAACACCGCGAGGGGAAUGCUAGUACUCCACAUAUAGAAGAUUGCAUACCAUAGUUCUAUGAAGUGUUUCUUGGUUUUCCUAAUUCUUGUCGUGGUUUUUUCUGUGCAUGCAGCUAAGCUAGCUACACAGCAUGAAGGGACGAGACUACUUCCUCCUGGCGUCUAGGACGGUCUGCACGGCGCUGGCCGUUGCGUCGUUCUCCAUCACGCCAUUACCCUCUAUGAGAAACCCCAUUUUGGGGGCCUUUAUAUCUGUCAAGGCCGUGAGUUUCCUUCAGAUGUUUAUGGGCCUGCUUACGAUGGGAUUGCACGUGAGUAGCCUCAGGAACUGGAUGGAUGGCGGGCCGAACGACUACUUCUCCUACCCGGCUAUCUGCAUCGAGGGGGUGCUGGCGGCGGCGAACUGGGGCUCGGCCACCGCAGCGUUGGCCGUCAUCACGCAUCCGCGCCACCUUCCGAUCUGCCUCCACAACGCCCCCUGCCGAAGGCAGAUGCUCGCCUGCGCGCUGGCUCUACCUAUGGGCGCUCUCAGUGUCGCCAACGUUGCCGUGCUUCUCGCGGCCCGGGUGACGUCCAAUGGCCCCCGCUUGCUCAUGUUACUGUUCGGCCAUUAGCAGAUUAUUAUCUUCAGAUUCUGCACCUGCACAAAUAUAUUAUGGUCGUGCGUACGGACUUGCAUAUUGUACUAACAGUGUUCCAAUGGACUUGUAUAAUACUGUACAUGAUAUGAUGACUGUUGAGCAUUGCUUACGUA